CGCGACCAGUCAGUCUGUCUCGCACGCCGGUCGUGCGUCUUCCUGUUUUUCGCUUGUUUUUUUCUUAUAUUAAUUUCUCUCAUUUUUUCAACUGGUGCCCGUCAUCGAUCGCAUCAUACACACACAUAUUAUUUUCUUUACUAUAUUUAAUAUUUUCGUGAUAAGUUGUGAGUGAUUACCAUUUAUUAGUCGUCAGUGUAAUAAUACAAUGGGUUAAAUAUCGGAAUGUGCGUGUGUUACAAUAAUAAUCAUAAUAAUAUUACUGUGCGAACGCGAAACGAUGUCGAUAUUUGUGCAGUUCUAGUGUCUUCCCCGCGUGAUUUCUCCGAUAACUCUGAACCGGAGCCACGUAAAUGCCAUAAUGGAUACGAGUAAUGUUGACCGUUAAGAUGCAGUGCAAGUGCGGCCUUUGGUGCGCGUUCCUCGUAUUAUUGGCCGUGUCUGCCGUUUCUGCCACUCAACUUAUCAAAGAUGAUUUGAUGGUGGUGAUUCCUACCAGUAUGCCGGCUGAUGACGGGCGAAUCGCGACUGACUACCGCCGGCAGCGCAAUGCAACAACUAGAUCGGUGAUCGGCGUUCUCAGGAGAACGCCGACGCCGCCACAUCACCGGGGAGGAUCCGGGCCGGUUUCACCGCUGGAGGUGCUGCCGGACGUCGACGAAUCAUCAAUGCCCCGGGUCAAGAAGAAGAUCAAACACAAACGGACGUGGGAUGAACCUGAGGCCCAAGGAUCCGAAGUGCGGAACGCCACUUCCAAGAGGCCGGACCGGAUCAAGACCCGUAGGCGGUUGUUGGUGCCAUCCUCAAGCACGCCCAGGGCACUCCGGACUGCGGCCGUGUCGUCACCGCAAGAAGAAUCGUACUAUGAUUUCGGAAAAAAGAUCAGACACCCGACACAGUCGCAGCCGCCAUCCCCGCAGUCCACGGUGGACGGGCUCAACGUGCCGUCGGACUCGGAGACCCGAACGUCAGUCAGGUUGCCAGUGGUCGUCCAGCAAGUGAUGCAGGACGUCACGCCCCGGACCAGAGCACCCGGACCACCACCACAUAACCGCAACCACAGUACUGUGGCAGCGACCAGGCGGCCCACGGAGAACUCGGCGGCAGUGGAGUGCUUGUACCCGAGGUUCAGCAGACGGAACAACAAAACGCGGGCUCGGAGGGACGUGCGGUGCUUGACGGAAUCGGAUGGCAGGACCACAAGAAUACUGUCAACUGUCGUCACGUCCGUGUCGGUCAGGGGGAGCCCACAGAAGAGAAACGAUUCGACCGCCGACCUAGGUCGUCAUUCCAUCGACAACCACCGCCCAGACGCCAACGAUGGUGACGACGCGACCGGUGCGUACAAUCCCGGACCGCCUACGUCUACAUCGAGUCCGGACUCCGCGGUGUCGGCGUACCCAAAAUACCUCCGAAACCGGUACCGGAACAUAUCGCUGCCCGAAUACUUGGAGAUCACCAAAGUCAACCAGAGACGGUUGAACGGCACGACUGUGGCCGGAACCGCUUCCACAGCUCCCUCCACGGCCUUUUUUACCACCACCACCGCCGCCGCAACGACAGCCACCUCCAACUUUGCGGCGGCUUCGAGUCCGUCGUCCCCGGAUCAUUCAGUCGAUGGCAUCACUGAAAUGCUGGACGCGUCCACAACCAGCGACCGGUCUUCCACCGACACCCCUCAGCCACCGCCCACCGACUUGCAAGAUUUCAUCUACUUGAACAACGGUACGUCGGAAGCGCCUGCCGACUAUAUCGCCACUGAUGUCACCGCCACGGUUGCCUCCACCGCCCACACCACAACCAUAGUCGACGCAGCCGUCGAAGCCCGUCAGAGGAGGCCGCUGCUGCAGCGUGGCAACGUCACCAGGCCGUCGGCCGAACACGAUGUGGGCGUAGUAUAUCCAGACGGGCUAGCCACUUCCGUGUACUUUUUAACGUUUUUGGCCAUCGUUCCGUUGGUAUUAGUAAUUGUUUUCGCGUUCAAGCUGGCCAUGCGGCGAAAAAAGAAGAAGGUAUUUGACAGUUCGGAAUAUUCUUCCGAGUACAACCGCAGCCCACUGGACUUCAACACAAUCACGUCGUCACCCAUCACCACGAAACUUCCCAGGGUCCCGCAGCACAUCGUGUGGGACGCGGAGAAGACGCCCGCCGUCCCGGUGCCGAUGAGCAACAGCCGUUGGGAGUUCCCCCGGGAAAAACUGCGGCUCCAGACCAUACUCGGUCAAGGCAAUUUCGGUCAGGUGUGGAAGGCCGAGGCGGACGACAUUAACGGACAUGAGGGCCUAACCAGGCUGGUCGCGGUGAAAAUGGUCAAGGAGGACGCGGCGUCCCGGGAGAGAGAAGAUCUGAUCAGAGAGCUGAGUAUUAUGCAACAUCUCGGGUCGCAUCCGAACGUCGUCACGUUGCUGGGAUGCUGUACGGAGAAAGAACCGUAUUUACUGAUCAUGGAGUACGUUAUGUACGGCAAACUAUUGGCGUUCCUUAGAGAUCGACGGACACGAUCACAUUAUUUUAAUUUUAGCGACUCGACUGCUUCGCUCACGUCUAGAGAUUUAACCAUGUUUGCUUAUUGCGUAGCACGAGGAAUGGAUUUUCUGGUCUCGAAAAAAAUAGUGCACAGGGACUUGGCCGCGAGAAACGUAUUGGUCGACCAUAAUAAGUUAUGCAAAAUAGCCGAUUUUGGUAUGUCUCGCAAUGUCCGAGACACAAACCAGAUCUACGAGCAAAGGCAUACCAAGGGUGCUUUGCCUAUCCGUUGGAUGGCACCAGAGUCGUUGCACUAUAGUAUAUUCACAUACAAGACUGACGUGUGGAGCUUCGGUGUACUGAUGUGGGAGAUCGUCACUCUAGGUUCAACCCCUUACUGCACGAUGGGCGCCCGCGAAGUAAUGAGACGCGUGCGCGAAGGCUACAGACUGGACAAACCGGCGCAUUGUCGAUCCGAAUUGUUCAGGGUGAUCACCAAGUGUUGGGCAGCCGACCCGUCCAAGCGACCCACAUUCGCCGAGCUGAAACAAGAGCUGGGUGCACUCCUGGAAAACCCAGAGUUUGAAGGCAGCUACGUGGACCUGGAGAGUCUCGUCGAUGAGUCGGACGGAAAUGCCAAGGACAGACAAUAAUAAUAUAAUUAUACGUACCUAUAAUUUAGUAUUGUGUACGCGUAUCAAUAUAUUAUGCAGACCAAAUAGCGAUCUCCCGCGGGCGUUUUUAUAACGAUUUCUUCGCAAAAAGAUCACAAAAAAUUACAUUAUUUUUCAUUUGUUGUAUGUUUUAACAGUUUUUAUUAGAUUCCUUUUUGAUUUACACGGCAUUUAAGUAGUUUUAUACUUAGAACAAAAAUAUUGUAAACACACAUGAUUAUUAUUGUCGGUUCGAGAUUGAUUUGUUUUCAUUUUAUCGUAACUGCAAAUAUCACGAUUGAAUAUGUACAUUGUAUGUUAUUUAAAAACCAUAAUGUUAUUUAUAUACGAUGUAUAUAUAUUAUUAUUAUUAUUAUAUUAUAUAUUUUUUUUUUACCCAAAGUAGCGAAGUGGAAAAGAACUGAUUUGAUGUAUUUGAUGCAACAUAAAUCAAUAUGAUUGUAAUUCAAUAAACAUUGAUAAAUACUAUAAUAUUAUAGUAUGUAUAUCGAUAGAUAUUAUAGGUUUAUUUGUCUAUUUGAUGUCUGUUGGUAAAUGUAUAGUAAAAUUAAAUUGUAACAUUAUUAUUUUUUUUUAUUGAUAAAUAUAACUAUGUAUGUGUA